AUUUCUGGUACUGACAUGAAUCUAGACUGCUUUUUGGGGACUCUCGAUACCAGAACUACAUUUACUUCGUGUUAACAAGGGGUCCUCAAGAGAGUUCCCUAUCUUCGCGAUAUCGUGUGUUUGGGCGAACGAUAACGGCUUUUUUUGUCACUGGAGGCUAGUGCCACUUGUGCACAGCAGCCAGCUGACGGGGUCGCUAUAUACAUCCCUCGGACAGUCCACGAACAUCAGAUCCUUCUUCCCUCGAACACUACCUGCUUGUGCGACCGGCAUCACAUUUCACUCCCAAGCCUUCCACGAUGAAGAUGCCAAAUCUCAGACCACGUUCUUUCCACCUGCGGCUCCAGGGUGAAUCCUCAAUUUGGAUCAACGAUGACAUUCGACCGCUCCCUCCUUCACGUCGCCUUUGGGACACAUGGGCAUACAUCUCAUUCUGGGCUAUCAAUCAGAUUGCCCUGAGUAACUGGCAGCUUGGAGCAUCCCUCAUUGCAGUCGGUCUGUCUGUCUGGCAGACUAUGAUCGCAGUUAUCAUCGGCAAGCUUAUUAUCGCUGGAGUCGCGAUCUGUAAUGGAAUGAUUGGUGCAACCUGGCAUAUUGGAUUCCCCGUCAUGUCGCGUGGCAUUUGGGGUGUCUGGGGAUCCUAUGUCAUCAUCAUCCAGCGGAUUGUUCUGAGUCUAACCUGGUUCUGUGUACAAUCCUGGACAGGUGGCCUCUGUGUCACGGCAGUUCUCAGCUCCAUAUUCUCCUCCUUCCAACACAUGAAGAACACCCUGCCCGAAUCUGCCAAUACCACGACGAAAUCAUUGACGGGCUGGAUAGUUUACAACAUCAUUACGAUACCCAUGCUCUACAUCCCUCCCGAGAAGACCCGACGGCUACUGUUCAUAAUGAACUUGAUCUCUGUUACCACGCUCAUUUCAAUGAUGAUAUACGUCCUGUCGACUGCAAAGGGCGGCGGUCCACUGUUGUCAGCGCCUGCGGCAGCACAAUCUGGCAGUGAAUUAGGCUGGGCAAUCGUGCAGGGUAUAACAACAGUGAUUGGGGGCAUCGCAGUGGGACUCACAAAUCAAACCGACUACUCUCGCUUCGCCCGCCGCCCAGGCGACCAGAUCUUUGGCCAGUGGUUCUCCAUCCUCACUCUGGGGACAGUCCUGCCGCUUUUUGGGUGUCUCACAAGCUCAGCAUCCAUCAAGCUCUACGGCCAAGCUUACUGGAAUCCACCUGAUCUGCUACUCCGUUGGCUUGAUGAUGACUAUAAUGCUAAGUCUCGAGCCGCGGCUUUCUUUGGUGGCUGUGGACUAGUGGUCUGCCAGCUUGCAAUUAACACUAUCGACAAUGCAUUUUCUGCUGGAAUGGACAUGGCUGGUUUGUUGCCAAAGUACUUCAACAUCAGGCGAGGCUCCUACCUGGCUCUCAUCCUUUCCAUUGCCAUGUGCCCGUGGGAGCUGCUCGCCUCGGCUGGGACUUUUAUCAGUGUCAUGGGCGCCUACUCCGUCUUCCUCGGACCCAUGUGUGGCAUCCAGAUCUGCGAUUAUUUUCUGGUCCGCUCUCGCCGGAUGAAAUUGUCGGACCUGUACAGACCCUCCCCAUCCGGCAUCUACUAUUACUUCCACGGCGUCAACCCGCGCGCAUUUGUGGCAUGGAUCUGUGGUUGGGCUCCCCAGCUACCCGGGUUCAUUGCCAACGUCAAUCCAACCGUGCAUGUGCCAAAGGCUUGCACGGACAUGUUCUACCUCGCCUUUCCUCUAGGCCUCGCCAUCAGCUUCACGCUGUACUAUGGACUCAAUAAGGUGUUCCCACCCAAGGGUCUCGGCGAGUACGACGAUGUCGACUAUUACGGCACCUUCACAAGCGACGAGGCUGCCAAGCUUGGAGUCUCUCUUUUGGAAGAAACACAAGGCCAAGAAAAGGCCGAUCAAUUUGGCUACCCUGUGAGCCAGAAGGUCGUGGAGGCGGAUAUUUACGAAAGGAAGACUUAAGAGCGGGCGGAGGACAUUGUGAUUCAAGCAUUCUCGAAUGCUUCGUUCUACACCUGGCUUAGAGUCCGUGGUCAAGCAAGUCAGUGCUUGUGCCUAGUUACCUGUAUACAACUUUCCUCAGCCAGGAACCCCGUGCAAUUUGAGAAGAGCCAUAUCUACACGGCCUUGUGUGUUUAUCCACUCGCCGCGAGGCAGCUCCAAG